CAACUUUGAUACACAAUGUUAUCAAAUAGACACAUUGGUUUGUUUAAUAAACAAUUUUUAAUUGUUACAAUUUGUCUUUACCUUGUGCUUGUCAACACUCUCAUUCAACCAAUCAACUGUCAAUCCGAUCAAGGCUAUUUCACUCAGUAUUCUAAAGGUACACCAACCAAGGAAUUGAUAUGGUGUACAAUAAAUUCGGCCGAACAAAAUAAAUGCCGCGAUUGGGCUGAAGCCAUAAAACGCUAUCCAAAUAGUGUGCCUGUUGGCCAAUAUAAAUCGUUUGAAUUUAAUUUAAAAUGUGAACAAGCCUCUGAUAAAGAGCAUUGUAUGAAUCUCAUCGAAAAUGGACGAGCCCAUCUUGUUACAUUGGAUCCAGGGGAAGUUUUCAUUGCAGGAAGACAUCAUUCUCUUGUACCAAUCAUAGCUGAAAGAUAUGGUUCUACACUGGAAGAUUAUUAUUAUUCAGUCGCUGUUGUAAGAAGAAGCUCAUCAACGCACAUAAAAGACAUUCAAGACUUGAAAGGAAAAAAAGCUUGUUUUCCUGGAGUAAAUCAAAUGGCUGGCUGGGCCCUGCCAUUAGCUCGUUUGAUUAAUGACGGAGUACUGGAAGUAAAAGAUUGUAAUAAUAUUGUUAAAACUGCAGCCAAGUUUUUCAACCAAUCUUGCACUCCUAAUGCUCUAAAUGAUAAAAACAAUCCUAGUGGUGAUAACCCUGAAUCUAUUUGUGCUCUAUGUCACUCAAAAUGUUCUGGAUCGGACGAAUAUGCUAAUUUUGAAGGUGCUUUCAAGUGUCUUCUCGAUGUUGGAGAUAUUGCUUUCCUUAAACAUUCCACUGUUCAAUUAAUGUCUUUACGCAAUCAGUAUAGCUUUAGAAAAAAUGAUCUUGAGCUUUUAUGUCCGCAAGGAGGUCGUCGAUCAUUGGACAGUUAUUCAGAUUGUAAUUGGGGUCGUUCUCCGGCUCAUGCUGUUGUCGUUUUUUCUUCUAUGUUACCAGAAGAAAGGAAAAAAGUUCAAGAGUUUCUCAUGCAAUCAAUCCGAGUUUUUAACAUGGCCAGAGAUUAUACAUAUGGUCAAGGUUAUAACAGUGAAAAAAAUUCUGCCUCAUCGUUUGCUUUAGCCGACUAUUUAGCUCCUCAGAAAUACGGAGAUAGAGCAAAUCUCUUAUUUUCAGAUGAUCUCAAUGGCUUUGAACCGUUAUCUGGGCCUGAUCAAACAUUCCGUAAUUAUUUAAAAAAGGAAAAUUACGAUUUAUUGUCCAAAGAGUUAAAAAAAUGUCCAGUCCCAAGUGCUCGAUUAUGUGUAGUUUCAGCUGUUGAAAUGAAAAAAUGUCAUCAAAUGGUGACAACUUUUCGUGGAGCCUUCUUGCAACCUGUAUUAAACUGCGUUGUUGAACGAAGUGCAAUCGGCUGUAUGGAAGCAAUCCGUCGAGGUCGAGCCGAUCUGGUCAUGCUGGAUGCUGCAGAUGUUUAUCGAGCCGGUCAUCAAUAUGGCUUAGUACCGAUAUUGACAGAAAAAUAUGACCUCACUGAUCCCAGCUAUUAUGUCGUUGCUGUUGCUAAAAAAACUGAUCGUGAGUCAGAUUUAUUUUUCCUCAAAGGUAAAUCAUCAUGCCACACCGGUGUUGGAACCGCUGCAGGCUGGGUAGUGCCAUUAGGUUUCUUGCUGUCUAAUAAUCGAAUGAGAUCUUAUGGUUGUGACUCUCUCACUGCAGCAUCUCAAUUUUUCCAGAAAUCCUGUGCACCGGGCGCUCUUUCACCCGACUAUACAACUUCUGAUUGGGGCCUUAAUAAUCUUUGUGACCUUUGUGCGGGAACAUCGAAAUAUUUCUGUGCUCGUGACGCAAAUGAACCUUUCUAUGGCUCUACCGGUGCUCUCCGUUGUAUUGUAGAGGGAGGAGGGAAUGUUGCUUUUGUUAAACAUACUGCAAUCCUGGAAAAUACUGCUGGUCGGAAUCCUGCUCUUUGGUCUCGUAAUUUAAUUCCAAGUGAUUUUGAGUUAUUAUGUCGAGACGGAACUCGGGCCAGUUACAAUGAAUCAGUUAAAUGUAAUAUUGGUAAAGUUCCUGGUAAUGCAAUGGUUACCAGUCCUUUAAAGCCUCAUCAAUAUAUCACUGCUUAUGUUAAUCUUUUCUUAACUGCUCAGCAAUAUUAUGGAUCAAAAUAUUCCCAUGAUUAUACAUUUAAAAUGUUUGUUUCUGAAGAUGGUUAUCAUGAUUUAAUCUUCAGUGAUGCUACAUCCCAGUUAAUUGCUUUACCUCAGGAUCAACGUAGCUACUCAACUUACCUGAGCCAAGAAUUUAUCAAUUCAAUGAAACUCACUGACUGCACAUCACAAUGAUUAAAUCCAAGCUAC